CAAUAAUUGACUUUCGGUUCAAUUAGUCUGUUUCGGAUCUGGGACAUUCAAGGUAUGCGUCUGUGUCUGUUCGUAGUGUUCCUCUCAUGUCUGGGACAGGUUCUCUGCAAGAUCCGAUUAGGAAAUGGGACGGACACCGAACGUCUCUACACCAAACUCCUCGACAAGAUGAUCGGGGUAUUGCAAGAUCUCGUAGAGAGGACAGACAACCCAUCGCCACUAGAUGAGGACAGAGUUUCUUGCAUUUAUGGCUUAAAUGCUUUUUACAAGAACCUGGGAACAAGUUGGGGUCUCGCAAUGAUAGAUUCCGCAACGAAGCUGCAAUCCGGAGUCCUGACUGGAAACCUGAUGGACUUGGGUGAGUACGACGAAUGUGUCAAAGUGAGCGUGGAGCCCACCGAAGAGGACCCACUACUUCCCACGUUCACUGGUCGGCAUUGCCUCAUCACCAAUAGCUUCUACAUUCCCAACGGGACCAUCGUAAUCAAUGGAGAGAGGCACACACUACUAGACCUCUUCGGACAUCCUUACAUUCCUUUGACAUUGGCUCAAUGUUAUCCUAGCCUUUGCAAGCCCCACGUCAUCCAAGAGGGUCUCAACGGUGUCUUAUCUGUCCCGGACAACGCCUUGGAACUUCUGGGAGUCGGCUUCAGCGUCAACGUCACCGUUGAUCCAAUGGACUGCCACGUCAAAGAAGGCCCUCCUUACGAUGCUCUGGACUGGACUGUGUUGUCUAUUAUUUUGCUGUUCUUCGGUUUGGGAUUGAUAUCCACAGCUGUAGACUACUUCUACAUCAAAUUGAACAAAACACGUCCAAGCUCAACCACGAUGCGACUCCUCGGUGCAUUCUCUUUCUACUCCAACGCAAACAAAUUGUUCUCUUUGAGAAUGGUAGGAGACGCCAUACCAUCCCUCAACGGAUUGAAGUUCUUCAGCAUGUGUUGGGUCGUCCUUGGUCACAGGUACAUGUACCUCUCGAGGGAACCGAUAACCAACUUUACCGACCUGCCUGAUUUGCUGAAAGAACUGGGAAAGAUGAUAAUCGUGAAUGGACCGAUGGCUGUAGAUACGUUCUUCCUGAUAUCGGGAAUGUUGAACAUGUACGGAUUCCUGAUCACCACAGCGAAAUCGAAGCGGUACACGUUAAAAGAUCUUAUAAAUGGAUACAUCCAUAGGUACUUCAGACUGACGCCAGCUUACCUGAUGAUGAUCGCCUUCACAGCUACCUGGAUGUACCGCCUCAGGGACGGGCCCCUCUGGGACAGGUUCGUCGGGGACUACAAGGACGCCUGCCGGUCGACGUACUGGGCCAACAUCAUUUACAUGAACAACUACGUCGAGCCUGAGAACUACUGCAUGAUGCAGUCUUGGUACCUGGCGGCGGACAUGCAGCUGUACUGGUUGUCGCCGUUCGUGAUGUACCCGCUCUGGAAGUGGCCCAAGUACGGCUGGGCACAACUCCUCGUUCUGACAAUAGCUUCAAUAAUCAGUCCCUUUCUAACAUCGUGGUACGUCCACAUAGCAUCGCCGAUUCCGAUAACAUCUGACACGGAUCGAAGAGUUCGGGAGAUGACCAGCCUAUACUUCCCCAUGCACACUAAGUCUGUCAGCUACGUACUUGGCAUCGGUGCAGGCUGUAUAUUAUACAAGUACAGGAAGGGAAAAUUGAGCCUAGAAUUAAAUCUCUGGAAAAGGGCGAUAGGAUGGUUCGUAUCGGCUUCAUUGAUGUUGUACGCAAUCUUCGGAGGAUAUUACAUAUUCCAGAUGGACUACCAAUAUAACCAACUGUACUCUGCCUUCUUCAUCGGCUUCCAGAGGUUCUUCUGGUCAACAGGACUUCUUUGGCUGAUUUUAAUGUGUGUCCGAGGAUAUGGAGGUGUCAUAAAUAGUUUUCUAUCCUGGAAAUUGUUUACACCGUUAGCAAGGCUCAGUUAUUGUGUCUAUUUGACGCACAUUGUAAUACUCAUGUGCAGUAUUGCAGCUAAGAGGAACUCCUUCUACGUCACUGACUACGAUCAAGUCGAAAUGUAUCUAGGAGAUUUGGUCCUGUGCAUGUUCUCGGGUCUUGUAUUGACACUACUCGUCGAAGCUCCGAUGUUAAACAUCGAAAAGAUAAUACUUGGAGAUGGAGGAAAGAAACCUGCCAACGAACAACGACCAAGAACAGCUGAGCAAGGACAUCUUCACGUCGCCUAGCGUAGUUUACGUUACCAUAAACUUUAGACAACAAGAAUAGUUUUAGUUAAUUUAUUUUUUUAAACGUUGUAAUUUUUCCUAUUAAUAAUGUUUGAAAACGUAUCGAAUAAAUUGAAAUAAACGAGAAAUUCAAUUAUCUAAUUUGUAUUAUUUAUUUAAGGUAAAACGUAUACAUAUUUAUAUUAUUUUUUAUUUGACGAAUUGUACAUAUUUUUGUAUAUAGAUAUUUUACUCUAAAAAAAUGUGAUAAGCUCUAGUUUGUUUAUUUUUCUCGCUCAUAUAGUAUUCCUUAAUUUUUUUUUAUUAUUAUUUAUAUAACAAUAUAAUAUAUUAUAAUCAUUUUUGUUAUCGUAAAAAAAUCACAGUAAUAAAAAAUAUUUAUGAAAUAGAUUUAUAAUUUUAUUUUAAACUGAAAUGCUUGAAGAAUACGCCUUCAAUUAUAAACGGCGAUUAAACCAACAAACAUACCAGUCUUGCGGGUACAUACGCCAUAGUAUAAUAAUAAAAUCAAGAAUUUUUUUUUCUGUUUAACUAUUUAUCCGUACCUGUCAUAGUAUUAACAAUCAGCAGAUGUGUUCUGAUAAUGAGGAAUGGCAUUAAAGGCAUGAGGAAGGAUAGUACGUAGCAGCAACUCUUCCUGGACAUUAUUUACUUCUUUGAUUUAGGUGAGGAGAUCUCUCAUCCGGCUCCUUUUUAGUCUCCUCCUGAUGGGCAUGUCAGUCGUAGCCAUCUUGUUUAUAAGUCUGUUAAGUCUAUGUCCGUGUAAUUUGAGAUGAAAACGAGACUAGAGAGUACGUAUGUGUUGGUCUAUAGUUGGUUGUCGUAAGUCGUCAUGUAAAGUUUUGUUGUUGACGUACCAGGGAACUCCUGUUAUAAGCCGUAAAAUUUUGGAUUGAAAUGACUGUAGUUUUUGUAAGUGCGUCUUUUUUGCCGAACCGCGAAUCUGAGAGGCGUAUGUCCAGAUGGGUUUGAGUAGGUAAGUGUAUGUAUUUAGUUUUUGUCGAUCUUUCAAUUUCGAUUUAGAAUAAAGUGAGUACAGUAUUUCCAGUCGCUUGUUUAAGUUCUGUCGUUUCAUUUUGACGUGUGGGAUCCACUUAAAUUUAACUUAAAAGUAUUUUAUGUUCAAUGUUUCAAGACAAUUUUUUAUAAAUAAUAAGACAAUUAUUCUUUCAUUAUUUUCUUAUCAUUAUUUUGUAUUAAGAGAAAUAUUUCUGAUUUGUUAUUUCACUCAAUAUACAUAAUUACUGUUA